AUGCGCGUCCUCUUCCCGCCCAUCGCCCUGACCGUCUUCUCCUCGAACAAACUCGGCCUGUCGCCGCCCGCCGCGCCGGCGCCGCCGACGCCGGCGACGGCGCCGCCGGCGCCGCCGACGCCGGCCCUCACCGACGAGGAGAUCGAGCGCUACUCGCGCCACCUCAUCCUCGAGGACGUGGGCAUGCGGGGCCAGGCGCGGCUCAAGGCCGGCUCCGUCUGCUGCGUCGGCGCGGGCGGUCUCGGGUCGCCCGCGCUCAUGUACCUCGCCGCGGCGGGCGUCGGGAAGCUGACCAUCGUCGACGACGACGAGGUCGACGUGUCGAACCUCCAGCGGCAGAUCGUGCACGCGAGCGGCGCCGUGGGCGUCCCCAAGGCCGCGUCGGCGGCGGAGACGUUGGCGCGCGUGAACCCGCUCGUCGAGGUGAAGCAGGUCCGCGAGCGGCUCACGGAGGCCAACGCGGACGCCAUCCUGCGGGGCCACGACGUCGUCCUCGACGGCUGCGACAACUUCCCGACCAAGUACCUCAUCGACGACGCGUGCGGCCGUUUAGGCAUCCCGUCGGUCUACGCGGCGAUCCUUCGCUUCGAGGGCCAGGCGUCCGUGUUCCACCACGGCCCCGGCUGCGCGACGUACCGCGAUUUGUUGCCGGAGGCGCCCGCGGCGGGCGCCGUGCCGAGCUGCGCCGAGGGCGGCGUGCUCGGCGUGCUGCCGGGCGUGCUGGGCUGCAUCCAGGCCACCGAGGCGCUGAAGAUUAUUCUGGGCGCGCGGCCGGAGCGGACGCUCGCGAACCGGCUGCUGGUCUACGACGCCAUGCGCAUGACCUUCCGCGAGCGGCCGCUCCGCAAGGCCGCGGCGCCGCCGGCCGCCGCCGCGGCGCCCGCGGCGCCCGCGGCCGCGGCGCCGGCGGCCGCGGCCGCGGCGGUCCUCGCGCCGCGCGCCGCCGCGGAGAAGCUCGCGGGCGGCUGGGCGCCCUUCGUGCUCGACGUGCGCCUGCCCCAGGAGGCGGAGAUCUGCCAGCUGCCCUUCGCCGACGCGCUCGUGCCCCACCGCAACGUCAAGGCCGCCGCGGGCGACCUGCCCCGGGACCGCGACAUCCUCGUCCACUGCAAGUCGGGCUUCCGGUCCCGGCAGGCGUGCGCGGACCUCGCGGGCCUCGGCUUCGACCGCCUCUUCGACAUGGAGGGCGGCAUCCUCGCCUGGGGGCGCGACGUCGACCCGCGCCUCCCGAAGUAUUAG